GGGGGUGAGGAGGGGCGAGUUCCCCAGGCUGCGCCAGGGCUAUCCACUACGAACACACAUCUCCACCACCGCAAAUACCACGCAUGUGCUGCGACAGGAUGUGUUCGUGUAUUAAGUCUGCCGACGUGUGGAAGAGCAAGGCGGUGGUGGGAUUUGUCUGCAUGUUUGCGGUCAUGGCGGCGCUGGUGUACGGCCUGGUCAUCGGGUUGUGGGCGUCCAAGGAGAUGGCCGUGGUCAACUACAAGCAAGCCGACUGCUUGGUGACCGGCAAGGAGCAGCAGAGGAAGAUCUGCAACCGGACGUACUGCUACCGUGCUGCUGUCUAUGUUGAUCUCCACGCAACAUCGUUCAACAUCUCGACCGUCAUCUACAACACCGUCACAGGCUCUUGGUCGCACUCGACGUACUACCGAUACCUGGCCCGGUUUGUCAUUGGCAACUGGUAUACCUGCUACUACAACCCACACGACCCCUACACUGCCUCCUGGAGCAACAAGAUGCCGCUGGGCCGCUCCUAGCCACCAUCUUCCUCGCCAUCCUCCCGCUCACCGCCGUUUGUGCCUGCGCACGCAUCUUAAUCGCAUGCUGCUGCCAGGACGACUGGGAUGACUCGUGCGCUGCCCCGCCGUGCUGCCGUCGCUCGCGUUCGAGCCGCAGGAGCUCGUACUCGAACCUGCUCACCGGGAGCUCGAUUGACGCCACCCCUCCGCGAACGCCGGCCCCCUCCUCUGCCUACGGAGCGACGGCGCCACCAAUGCGUUCCGCACCCCCCGUUGCCACCCAGCCCUGGCCAGCCCCCAACGCGCAUGUCCAGGCCCCGCCGCCGUACUCGUACGUGGCGAGCCACAAAGACGAGUUCGCGGC